AUUAAAGGAUCCACUCCUGAGGCCCGUUUCUCAUACAUGCGGGUGAAGUAUCUGUUCUUCUCCUGGCUGGUGGUAUUUGUUGGAAGCUGGAUCAUAUACGUGCAGUAUUCAACCUAUACAGAGCUCUGCAGAGGGAAGGACUGUAAGAAAAUCAUAUGUGACAAAUACAAGACCGGAGUUAUUGACGGGCCUGCAUGCAACAGUCUCUGCGUCACAGAGACAUUGUACUUUGGGAAAUGUCUGUCCACCAAGCCCAACAACCAGAUGUAUUUAGGAAUCUGGGAUAAUCUGCCAGGUGUUGUGAAAUGUCAGAUGGAACAAGCUCUGCAUCUUGACUUUGGAACUGAAUUGGAGCCAAGAAAAGAGAUAGUGCUAUUUGAUAAACCAACCAGGGGGACUACUGUACAGAAAUUCAAAGAAAUGGUCUACAGUCUCUUUAAGGCAAAAUUAGGUGACCAAGGAAACCUUUCUGAAUUGGUCAACCUCAUCUUGACAGUGGCCGAUGGAGACAGAGAUGGUCAGGUGUCCUUAGGAGAAGCCAAGUCAGCAUGGGCACUUCUGCAGCUAAAUGAGUUUCUCCUGAUGGUGAUACUUCAAGAUAAAGAACAUACCCCCAAACUGAUGGGGUUCUGUGGAGAUCUGUACGUGAUGGAAAGUGUUGAAUACACCUCUCUGUAUGGAAUAAGCCUUCCGUGGGUUAUGGAACUGUUUAUUCCAUCUGGAUUCAGGAGGAGCAUGGAUCAACUGUUCACGCCAUCAUGGCCCCGAAAGGCCAAGAUAGCUAUAGGACUUCUAGAGUUUGUGGAGGAUGUCUUCCAUGGCCCCUACGGAAACUUCCUCAUGUGUGACACGAGUGCCAAAAACCUAGGCUAUAAUGACAAGUAUGAUUUGAAAAUGGUAGAUAUGAGAAAAAUUGUGCCAGAGACAAACCUAAAGGAACUUAUCAAGGACCGCCACUGUGAGUCCGACCUAGACUGUGUCUACGGUGCAGACUGUAGAACUAGCUGUGACCUGAGCACGAUGAAGUGCACGUCAGAAGUGAUACAACCAAACCUGGCAAAAGCCUGUCAGUUACUCAAGGACUACCUGCUGCAUGGUGCUCCAAGCGAAAUCCGCGAAGAACUAGAAAAGCAGCUUUAUUCUUGUAUUGCUCUCAAAGUUACAGCAAGUCAAAUGGAAAUGGAACAUUCUUUGAUAUUGAACAACCUAAAAACGUUACUGUGGAAGAAAAUUUCCUACACAAAUGACUCUUAGCUCAUUUGGACUGUUGCCUUCACUGAGAAUUACUAAUGAAGGAGAAUUUUGAGCAUUUAAAAGAAUGGCUUCUGUCCCCAGGGCCUGGGAAGCCAUCAUCUUAAAUGCAUGUUACGACCAUGGCAGGUGUAGGGCCAAGAGAUGUCGAAAACUUGUUCCUGCCCUUUCAUGAGUUCACAAGUACACUCACUGUUAACCAUUUUCGACUGAAAACAAAGUUAAUGCUGUGAAAAGCCUCAUUCCAUGAACAGUGAGCGUUCUGUAGAUGUUAGCUGGUCCCAUUGCUGGACAUUGUUUGCACUGAAGCUGCUGAAAACAAGGAAAUUUAUACAUGAAUUUACUAAUGUUUUAGCAUGGUAAGUUUGCACAUUAACACAAAUUACAACCAAGUAAAUUAAAGUGACUCCUUUAUUAGAAAGUGU